AUGCGAGUGCAUGUGUUUGGCAACUCACCGUCUCCGUCAGUGGCCACGUAUGGCUUGCGCAAGUCAGCAUGCAACCGGGAAGACAUAGAACAUGUCUGUGACAAUGUUUGCGAUUACGUGAAUAACAAUUUCUACGUCGACGAUGCUUUGACAUCGCUACCAAGUUCUACAGAAGCAGUUAGUCUAGUGAAACACGCACAACAGAGGCUUAAAGAUGGCGGAAAUAUUUGUUUACAUAAAAUUGUAUCGAAUGAUGUAGAUGUACUUGGAAACUUUCCGCCAAGUGACCUGGCAAAGAACUUUGAGGAAAUAAACUUUAAUACCAGUGAACCUACUAUUCAGAGGAGUUUAGGCCUCUGUUGGAAUGUCCUGAAGGAUUCGUUUACAUAUCAGGUCUCUCAAGAAGAAAAACCGUUCACAAAACGCGGCUUGUUGUCGGUCGUCAACUCAAUAUUUGACCCCCUUGGGUUUGUUGCGCCAGUAGUACUUGGUGGUCGUUUACUGCUAAGGGAGGCUAUUCAGGAGAAUAGGAUUGGAUGGGACGAGUCACUGCCAGAAAAGGUUAGACUCAACUGGGAUGCUUGGAAGCAAUCUAUUCAAGGUCUUGAAUCUCUCGAGAUACCUCGUAUCAUGUCGGAUACUUUGUCACAGAAGACACGUAGCGAACUGCAUAUCUUUUCGGACGCGUCAAGGGAUGCAAUCGGAGCCGUUGCUUAUCUUAAACAGUAUGAUGAUUGUGGAAACUCACAACUGGGAUUCGUGCUGGGUAAAUCAAAAGUGGCCCCUGCACAUGGACAUGCUAUUCCCAGGUUGGAGUUGUGUGCUUCGGUAAUGGCAACUGAACUGUCAAACUUUAUUCACAAACACUUAGCCAUGGAGAUUGCAUCUACCUUUUUCUAUACAGACAGUCAGGUAGUGUUAGGAUAUAUAAACAACGAAACCCGCCGGUUUUACGUAUAUGUUGGAAAUCGUGUUGACAAGAUUCUCAAGUCAUCAACAAAAUCACAAUGGUGGUACGUGCCAACAGGUCAGAACCCAGCAGAUCAUGCAACGAGGCCAGUUAACGCACACAAGAUCAAAGACUGUUCUUGGCUACAAGGACCUUAA